CCACUGCUUCCUCUCGCGGCACAGUGAUGCGGGCGGGCGGUGGGAAAAGUGGAAGACGCUACUCGCAGCGAACCGCCGCCGCCGCUUCCGAGGCCUCACCAAAAUGGCCGCCGCCGUCUCGGCCGCCACCACCAACACCACCGCCACCAACAGCUCACUAUCGCUACCGCCGGCGCGGCCCGUCCUCUCGCGAGAAACAGUAACUGGAGCUAGUUAGCAGUGGAGCAUGGGCUUCUGGAUUCAUAUGGCAGUCCACUUAUGUAGACCUGCUUCAUUUCACACAAGGGUUGUUUAGUCUCUUAAGUUGUCACCGACUCAAUACAACCCCAUGGACUGCAGGACGCCCGGUUUCCUCGCCUUUCGCUAUUUCCCGGAGAAUGUAG